CGUGCCCCAAAUUCCCCUCCGGCUUCCUCGGGAGAAGGCGGAGAGGCGCCUCCUUCCUCGGCAGGGUUCGAGAGGCAGUGGGAGCCCGCGGGGUUUGAUCAUUGACCAGGCGCUCGCUCCUGCCGGAGGGCGCCGUGCCCGAGCAGCGCCCGGCUCUCCUGCCCCGCAGCCCCGCCAUGCCCGCCCGCCGCCUGCUGCUGCUGCUGCUGCUGCAGCUCCCGGCUGCCUUCUGCCAGCAAGCCCGGGGCAGCCUGCAGCCGUGGUCACAGGGGGUCAUCGCAGUGGUUGUGUUUCUAGUCCUGGUGGCCAUCGCCUUCGUGGUCAACAGGUUCUGGUGUAAGGACAAAGUGGAAAAUGCCGAGAACGUGGUGAGUGUGGAGGACAAGCCAGAUGCUGUCAUAUCCAAUGGCCACGAAGGGAGAUAUGUAUCAGCUGCAGCUGACUUCAGGUCCAAAGAGAACCAGCACGCCUACGAGAACCCCGUGGAGCCCGAGGAAAAGGUGAUCACCACGGCCAUGUAGCAGCACCCACCUGCCCUCCUCCUCCUCUCCGUUCGCUUCCCGCUAUCGUGAUGGGCAUUUCCACAGAGACCCUCUGCACUGGCACCCCCAGAGUGACGGGGCCCCGGCCUCUCCACAGCACCACCACCUCCUGAUCUUUUCCUUUCCCACCCGUGGGACAUGCUCUUGUCCCUCUGGGGUUGGUGUCCACAUGGCACAGGUCCCGAGGAGAGGUCUGGGGGUGCCACCUCUCCUGCCUGGUGGUCACCCCACCUGGUUGGCGAGGCUGUUGUCCCAAGUCCCAGGAGGGCCUUGACCUGUUCAAGACACAGAGGGGAUCCCACUGGUGCCUGGGGCAUCCUCACGCUCCCAGCUGCCCUCCAGGGAGCUGCUGAUGGAAAACCUGCUCUUUUCUCCCCAGUUCACCCUCCUUUUUAUCACCUCCACCAUGCAUUUUAAUGUCAGAACAAACCUCCCCCUCUGUACAUAUAUUCCCGGUGAGCAAUAAAGAGAAUUGUUGCCUAUG